UUCCAAAGAGAUUCCAAGAGAGUGAGGAAAACAUAACCAUUUGACGUUGAUGUAAUUAUGCGAUACUGAUUUACAUGGUUUUACGGAAGUUCGAUGAUAAGAGAAAUCAAGGCUUAUAUAUAGUCAUCCAAUCUGAAAGGAGGAUAGCCGGAAAAGGAAUUCAGAUAAAACCACAACGUCAACGGAUUUUUCAUACAAGUAACUAAUCUGUAGAUCGAUCAGAAAUACUGUUAAAUAAUUCUCCUAAUAAUUUCUCUUCAUCGCGGUUUCCUUUGGACCUAAAAUAAUAUAGUAAUUAUUUAACACUGGAAAAAAAUGAAUACGUUUCUGUUCGGACGAUCAGAAGGUUUUCCCUCGCAAUAUUCUGCGCAUCAUACCCCGGUAACAAUAGAUGUGACUGAGACUAUACUAAUUGCUAUUUUUGUGGUCAUCUCAAUCGCCUAUCUCAGCAUCAUACUAGGCUAUCGCAAGAAACAAAGCAUCAACGUAGCUAUAAAAGUUAGUUCCAGCAUUAUCAUUGGGUGCUUGUUAAUAGUAGAAAAUUUUGGCCAGGAAUGGGAACAUGGCAAUGCGAAGAGUAAAACACCUUAUCGAGCCGGUGUGGGCCAAGAGAUUGAGGCUCAAAUGGCAGUCAAGAUAGGACUGAGAUCAGUGAAUAUCACAUUGAAAGCCAAACCGGAAGAAGGCACUCCGCUUGCAAAAGAAACGAUUGAUUACAAUGAGAGAUUUCCUUGGACAUGGGAUCAAGGCAGAAUAGGUUUUGGACCCUAUGCUGGAUUGCUGCAAAGGACUUUCCGUGAAGGUCAACGAAAAGGUUUGCCUAUUCCUAUUUUAUGGAUCGCUGAGUAUUUCGUUAUCGAUGGAGAAGGUAUUCGAUUUGGGAGAUUUUAUCGAACUGCCGGAUGGUAUUGUCACAUUUUGUUAUGGACUGCUUUUGCUUGCUGGAUACUGGCUAAUAUAUUCCUACAAUCUGUGAGCAGACAUACUGCCUACUUAAUUGGUUUGAUCGGCGGCUUACAAUUGUUAACUUGUUUAGUAUGGAUCUGUGUACAUAAUCCAAUUCCACUUGUGAUCCCUUUCGAGGAUAGUAUCAUUGAGAUGACAUUGGGCCAACAUUUCUGGAUGACUUUUGGAUGCGGUCUGUUUUGUGUCCUUUUGGCAAUUAUAAUGAUAUUUAUGGAUUUGCGUUAUCCCAAUGCAUUAUCUACGUUUCUAGGAAUAGAUCCUCUUGGCCAGUAUGACGAAUGCGUAAUGCGAAGCUGUCAGGUAGAUGAUGUGCUGCGUAGAAAGAUAAACAUAGAUGGCUCAAUGGAGAUGACACCAACUUCUAGCUUUUCACAAGAUAAAAACACGGGAAUGAUAGUAUUAAAGAGGCGAUCAACCAUAAAAAAUGCGCAAAAAUCGCUCUUCCGUGCACCAGUCCCUAUGAAGAUGGAAAUCUACGAUGACGUGACUGUUUAUGAAAAUCAAGAUAUUGCAAAAUCAUCUAAAGACGAAUCUAAAAAAGAAGUGUAUUACGAAGAGGAAGAAGAGGAAAAAGUCAAACCGCCGAUUCCGAGAAAAAAGAAAAUGAAGAUUCGUGUCUAAAUGUUAAUGAAUCUUGAGAGCCUAUGAUAUAUUUGUAUGAUUAAUAUAAACGAAUUGCCAUUCCGAAUAAAGUAUUCGAUGUAAAUAUCGUGUAUUUGUUACUGUACCAAUAUAUAACAAUAAAAACAUGUAGAGCUUAUUG